AUGGAUAUGGAUGUUGAUCUCGAAUUAGAAAUGAAGAUAUCACGUAGGGAACUCCGAGUGCUUUUGCUUCAUGAAUUCCGUUUGGGUAGCAAAGCAACGGAAGCAACACGCAACAUAUGUAGCACGAUGGGCAAGGGUGCACUCUCUAUCCGCACAGCGCAACAUUGGUUCCAUCGGUUCAAGAAUGGCAACUUCGAACUCGACGAUUUACCUCAUACCGGGAGACCAUCAGAGGUGANGAAUAUAGACAAUGAACUGUUGUUUCAACUCACCAAUCAUCAUUUUCGUAUAGAUCAGUUAUUGUCGAUAGAAAUUCUUAUUAUUCGUCAAAUAGCUCAUUCUGUCGGUAAUGAUUCGUUAAGUAUUGUUAAUCGUCUUGGUAAAUCAUCGUCGUUACACACCAUAAAUAUAAAAAAGUAUCAACUGAAUGCUGAAUUAACAAUGAACGAUCUGUUCUUGGGUGUAUCUAAAAUGCACCAUGACCUGUCUGCAUUGAAAAUGUUGACAAUCGACUUCGACAAAGAUGGUGCGUUUGGUGUUGAAAUAAUGGAUAGCUUGACGGCUGUGCAGAAGGAAAACUGUCGUCUAGAAUAUUUUCAUGCGACGAACUCUUAUGUUGAAUUAUGGUUUAGUGCCUAA